CUUAGCCAAGCUGAGUUGGGACCAUAAAGGGACAGAAGGUGUGCAGGACCUAAAGUAUCCCAAUACGGCUCUUCCCUGGUGCUUUCCUUCUUACCGAAAACUCAGCGUCUGUCUAUAUAACUUAGUCACCAAUUCAAUUUUCUGAAUAUUUUGGAAAACCAUGGGGAUUGGCAAAAACACUACUUCAAAAUCCGUAGAAACUGGAAACCCAGCAGAGGCCAAGUAUGAGGAUGAAGCCAAGCACACUGCUUUCUUUACGUUGCCAGUUGUAAUAAGUGGAGGAGCAACCUCAAGUGGCGAUCAAGAUACAGAAGACACAGAACUUAUGGCAAUCUAUACUACAGAAAAUGGAAUUGCAGAAAAGAGUUCUCUGGCAGAAACCCUUGACAGCAGCGGAAGCUCAGACGCACAAAGGACGGACAUGAUCUACACAAUUGAGGAUGUUCCGCCAUGGUAUCUCUGCAUAUUCUUGGGGUUGCAGCAUUACCUGACCUGUUUCAGUGGCACCAUAGCGGUGCCCUUCUUGCUAGCAGAUGCAAUGUGUGUUGGAUUUGAUCAGUGGGCCACCAGCCAGUUGAUCGGGACCAUAUUUUUCUGUGUUGGAAUCACAACUUUGUUGCAAACAACAUUUGGGUGCAGGUUACCCUUGUUUCAGGCCAGUGCUUUUGCAUUCUUGGCUCCCGCUAGAGCCAUCCUCUCUCUGGACAAAUGGAAGUGUAAUAACACAGCUGUAAUGGCUACAAAUGGAACGUCGGAGCUGCUGCACACAGAACAUAUCUGGUACCCCAGAAUACGAGAGAUCCAAGGUGCUAUUAUCAUGUCUUCUUUGAUAGAAGUGGUGAUUGGGUUCCUGGGCCUGCCCGGAGCACUCUUGCGAUACAUUGGACCUCUGACUAUUACACCCACGGUAGCUCUCAUUGGGCUCUCUGGGUUCCAGGCUGCAGGCGAGAGAGCAGGCAAACACUGGGGCAUAGCCAUGCUGACUAUUUUCUUAGUGCUGUUGUUUUCUCAGUAUGCCCGAAAUGUCAAAUUCCCAUUACCCAUUUACAAGUCCAAGAAAGGAUGGACAGCCUAUCGCUUGCAGCUUUUUAAAAUGUUUCCUAUCAUUCUAGCUAUCCUGGUUUCUUGGCUGCUAUGCUUCAUCUUCACUGUGACGGACGUCUUUCCGCCUGACAACACUAAGUAUGGAUUCUACGCUCGCACUGACGCCAGGCAAGGAGUUCUCCUGGUAGCUCCCUGGUUCAAGAUCCCAUAUCCCUUUCAGUGGGGAUUACCAACCAUUUCAGCUGCUGGUGUGAUUGGGAUGCUCAGUGCUGUGGUGGCUAGUAUUAUUGAAUCCAUUGGUGAUUAUUACGCCUGUGCAAGAUUAUCUUGUGCUCCUCCACCACCCAUCCAUGCAAUAAACAGGGGCAUUUUCAUAGAGGGCCUUUCCUGUGUAUUAGAUGGAGUUUUUGGCACCGGAAAUGGAUCCACUUCUUCUAGUCCUAACAUUGGAGUUCUGGGGAUUACAAAGGUUGGAAGCCGACGAGUUAUUCAGUAUGGAGCUGCUUUCAUGCUGCUACUUGGAACAGUUGGCAAAUUCAGUGCGCUGUUUGCAUCGCUUCCUGAUCCAGUGCUCGGAGCUUUGUUUUGUACUCUCUUUGGGAUGAUCACUGCUGUUGGACUUUCAAACCUGCAAUUCAUUGAUCUGAAUUCCUCCCGGAACCUUUUUGUUCUUGGAUUUUCUAUCUUCUUUGGGCUGGUGCUCCCAAGUUAUCUUCGACAAAACCCACUUUUUACAGGGAUCGUCAGCAUCGAUCAAGUCCUAAAUGUCUUGCUGACCACCGCUAUGUUUGUUGGGGGCUGCGUCGCGUUUAUUUUAGACAACACCAUUCCAGGAAGCCCGGAGGAAAGAGGGAUCCAGAAGUGGAAGAAGGGGUCCGGCAAGGGCAGGAAAUCCCUGGAAGGCCUGGAAAGCUACGACUUGCCCUUCGGCAUGGAGUUCCUCCGGAAGCACCGGUGCUUCAGCUUCCUGCCGGUCAGCCCCACCUUCCUGGGCUACAGCUGGAAGGGCUUCCGGAAAGGCAGCAGCUGCGGGACUCAGGAGGACGAUUCGGAGGCCGCCGUAUAGCCCCGGCUGGACCUCAGCCUCCCCGGCGAUCGUAACAGACCCUUGUGCAGUCCCUCGCUAUUUUACUGUGUCGUAUUGUAUUGUAUUUUUAUUUUUUUUUAUUUUGUAUAUUUGCAUUUUUAAAUUCUGGAACUUAGAGCCGAGGCGCAGGUGAUUAAAAAGAGAGGGGAAAAAAAAAAAAGCUCUCCCUAUUGUAGGCGGUGAUCGCAAUCUAUAACGUCUCUCUGCAGUUACACGAUAUUUUGUGUGGGAACAUUCAGAAGGAGAAAAACCAGAAUCCUUUGGGGAUCAGAUGCUUUUAUAUUUGGCAAAACUGCUUUUCCUUUAGAAAAACCCCCAAAUAAGAUGGUCAAAUUAGCCUGCAUGUAGCAGCGCUCAGGCAGGCCGAAUUUACCCUGUUUGCAGGUUCUACAUUCCAUUUAUUUUUAAUCCUGCACCACCUUAACCCAAACCCUGCACAAGCCUUGGCGUUAUUUAUAUAAACUGUUGCUGCAGCAGCAGAGCCUCUUACGGUAAAUCAGGGCCUGCAGGGGGCAGGAUUUGCUCCCAUGACCAGCUGGAAGGUUGCAGGCGAUGGUCCCGGAACACUGCAGGCCUCAGAAGGAAAGGGGGGAGUGGCAGUGGGAAGAGGGAAACUUCGCCCCCUUUUUUGGACUUUCCCCUUCCCGGCUGUAUUAACAGCACAAAAAUUACGAUUCGGAAUGCGUGAAAUCCGGCUGGCUGGUCUCGGACCGGGGCCACCUCUUCAAAACUUUGGAUUGUUCAGUGCUCCCCAGUUCUGGCUGCAGUGGAUCAUGGACCCCUUGCCCUGAAUGCGGGAAGAGAGAGGGCCAGGAUCCCUCCUGCUCCCGGCCAUCCCUGCGGUGGAGGAGGAGGAGCAGGGGGGCUGGGGGGUAGGGACCUUGGAAGGGGGCUGCCAUCCGGAUGCUUUCCUUUACCCUGACGGCAGUAAGGCUGCGCAGCGCGUCAAGUUUGAUUCCCUUUAAAAGGGUUUUGGGGUGCAGAGAGGCAGCUGCGUGGUGGGGGGCACGGUCCCAACUCUCGGGUGCUCUGGGUCAGGGGUCUCCAACCUAAGCGCCCUGGGGAAUUCUGGGAGUCGAAGUCCUCCAGGCUUGAAGGGGCCAAGGUUGGAGACCCCUGCUCUGGGACCCUCCUUUGGCCUUGCUACUGAAAUGCCUCACGGCUUUAGUGAAGAGACUCAUUGCCUGUGGUACAAGUUUGGUUUCCUGCAAUAAUAAUCAUACUAUUUAUUAAGCGCAUGAGUCGUAAAACAGCCCCUUUGUCUGCAGGCCUCUCGGUUUUCAUGUUGCCAACCCCCAAAGCAAGAGGCAGGUGGCAUUGCCCCCCCCCCCCCCCUCCCCCCCCCCCCCAGGGUCCCUUGCCAAGGGGAGGAGAGAAGCUAGGCAUGGCAUUGCUGUCUGCCCAACAGUUUAACGGGUAUCGGGGUGCCUCCGUGGGCCCCAUCCAGUCUCUUCGUGUUGUGUUGUUGUGGGUUUUCCCCCUCCCCCCCUCCCCUGAACUGACCUUGGCUCUGAUAUCGUGCAGCUGUUGAAACCCUUGUAAGAAUUUAUUCCUAUUUAAUGUCCUCACUAUAACAGCUUAGUUUGUAGAUACAGGUGAGUUAGCUUUCCUGGCUCUCUCCUCUCCUCCCCAAAGGUAGCCCCCAAAAAUUGUUCCUUUAAAAAGAAAAAUAAAAAGCUGCGGGAAGAUUUGUCAGGGAGGCAUUAGGGGAUUUUUAAGGCCAGUCCGCUCUGACCAGCUGCUCACGAAUCUUGUUGUGGUUGGUAGCGAAUUCUGCAGGGGGUUGUCGGUUGGCUGCUCAAGGGUGGCUAGUAGAGAGGAGGCCCAAGUGGCCGCCCGAAGGACCCCGGGAGCUUGAAGGGGGCAGAUCAGAAACGGGUCCGUGGAGGGUAGCCACUUCCGGCUGUGUCUGUGGGAGAAUUUCUCUUCUCUGCGACUCCCUUCCACAGUCUUUGGAGUCAAGCCUGCAAGAAUGUCUCUCUUGAUUAUUUUUAUUUUACUUUUUUUAAAAAUCAGAAUUCGUGCUCAGUUCUUUAAAAACGAGUCCUCCUUUGGCUUGGAGGACUGUAUGACACUCAGACCUUCCGCAUUCAGCUGGACCUCUUUCCGAGAAAAGCUUCCUUAGGAUCGCACUACCAGGCUGCCACCGUGGGCAUAUUUACGUCAGGAGUUAACGCCACUGAGUGUAGCCACGAGUUCUGGCUUAGUUUAGAAAGACCAAGCUACAUGGUUAGUCUCCCCCUUAUGUUUAGGUGAACCAAAGAAAGAAAGAAAGAAAGGCAGAACAUCUGCCCUGGGUUUGGUGGUGGCUGUAAUCCUGUGAAAUGCCAAAGCCCGGGCAGUUUAGGUUCACUACAGAAACAAAAAAAGGUUGUACGGCCAGAAUAUUGGAAGAAUGUAAUAUAUUCUGUUUUGGGACCUAGUCUCCUUUUUUAUUUUAUUUUUUUGCUAAAGCAAACCCCAAAUAACCCCAACUGUCAAACAGUGUUAUCUCUCACCCUUGCAUGCUUCUUCCUGCAAGCUUAUCCAAAAGUAAAAGCGCACAGUAAAUAAAGCACGCAGCUACCACUGGUGAGACGUGUACUUUGAGCACUGCAGAAUGACAACUGUGGCCCAAGGCAAACCUUAGUUGAUCUGAUUCCAGUCAGAUGUCAUGAUGAUCUGAGUGCCGAUUUGUGCAUCCCGCAGAAGCAAGGAAGGAAGGAGCGAUUCCAUCCGGUGUAUUCCUCCUAUGGAAAACACAAGGCCUUGCUUUUCGGAAACUUCCUCACACAGGACGCAGUGCGGGUGCCUCCAAAUGGCACCUUAAUCUUAGCUAAUGCGGUGGUUGUAGGAGCCGCGUCAGCAGGGCUGAGAGCUGAGGGAAGUGCUUGGGACGUGCAGCGUUUAGUCUGAUUUGGUAGAUGGUGCAAGCGUGACAUUUGUUGAGGGAAGCCCUCCUGCCCUCCUGAACAGCUAAUUUUACUGUAAGAAGGCACUCUAGUUAUCCUCCUACCAGGAAAUGCUCCUGUCCUUCCGUGGCCGUGGAGCUUCCUGCGUAAGAUUUGGAAGGGCUCCGUGGCAGCAAUAUUGAAGGCACUGAGAUCCAAAUUUCCCAGGAGGUUCAGCAUUUUUGCAGCUGUAAGAACAAACCGAAUGUCAGACCUCAGAGAUUCGGUUCGAUUUUUGUUUUUAAACGUAAGCUCUUUUGGGGAGAGUUGGUAGCUGAAUUGCAGUGUGUGUGGCUGGAAGUGGUUCCUCUCCAUGGAAGGAGGAGGCGGCAGCAGCAGGAACAGGAAUCUUAGCCAAGAGAAGGACUUUCCUUCCUGUAUCUUUUCGUUCUUUGGUUGCUAAAGGUGUUGCAUGGAUCUGAGCUGCUGAUCGAUGGGCUUUUCAAAUGCUGUGUCCCAACCGAAGCGUCAAGAACAGGAAUGCCUGAAUCCGUUUACUUAGGAGACAGCCUGAAAUCAAUGGAUAUUCCUUGGAAUGAGGGUUGGGGGCGGGGGGGCAAAAUGGUUCUAUGUAUUUUAGUUGGGAAAAAAAGGUAAAAGCAAGACACUUUGAAUUGUGUCUGUGCAUAGCUAUCUGGCUUUCAGACACCCAAGUGGGAGAAUGUUGUGUACAGAGAAAUAUGUAAAGGAAGGGGAAAUUUAUUUCAUUUAAAUUAAAAGAAAUAUUAAGGAACACUGCUAUGUCAUGUUGAAGAUGUAAAGACAAAUAUUCAGAACAAAAUAAUUUGAAAAACUUUGUUUUUAAAGUAAAAUAUCAUGACUGGGUUUUUUUGUUGUUGUUAAAUUAAGUGUUUUGAAAAAAAAAAGAUGUUUGAAUGUGUUUUAUAAAACGAUGCCUCUUAAAUUUAUAUUUAAUUGUUAAUUUUAUCCAUGGAUAACAAAAAAUGUAUUAAUCGGAAUAAUCUGUAUCAGGGAACAAAAAGGUUUUUAAAUUUACAGUUGGUUUUACACCAUUUAAUACUGACUUUCAGUGUGACAACUUUGUACAUGAGCAUUGCAGUAUUUUGUUUCCAUAAACUUUAAAAAGGAAAAAAACAAAUAAAACCAAUAUCCAACAAGUGACAUUUCCACCUAGGAUAAUAGCUAUCCGACUUCCUGGGUGGGAGUGAUAUAUUAUAUAUGAUUGUCAUGACAGUGUCAUGUGAUGAAUUUAUUUCAUUGACAAAUUGCUAGCAAUUGUGUAUACUUUAUUUACCCCUGUUUACACAGUGUCCUUCAAGGAAGAGGCAGGGUUUCUGGGUCAUUCCCUCCUGUGAAGACUUGCAACACAUACCUUGGAGCACAGAGCUGGUCCAGACACAAAGCAAGAGGUGUGACCAUCUCAGGUAGCGAUUUUUGAACCUGACUCCCAUUCAGGGUAGAGAAUCCUGGCCAAGCAGGAACCGUCAGAAUCAUCCUAAUCAGCAGGCCUCAUUUGGAGAGAAGGACAGUUUGCCAUGAUUGGGCUCAGCUCCCACCCUUGAGUCAACGUGGCUUGUGUAGGAGCACAACCCCCCAAUGGACUGGACCCCAUCUUAGUUAACGUGGGCCAGCACCCAUAGUCUUUGGGGGACUUUCCACCUCAAGUAUCCAGGUGUCUUGUGCCAACUCUGUUGAUUAAUCAUAAUAUUUUUUUUAAAAAAAGGCAGAUGCAAAGAUUAAGCAGUUAGACCAAAACACAUCAACCUCUUGCUGGUGGCACAGGCCUCCCUUUGAGCUUCUGUCAUCUCUGUGAUGCUGGUAUAAAUGUCAGGCUGUUUCCAUGUUACAGCUUAAAUGUUGGGCAACCCCAGGUUCUCAAGGCCUUUUUCUGUUGUGACUGAGCUCCCCUUUGCUUUUCAGCCCAAUCCUCACCCUGUGGGGUUCCAUUCCUAGGGGGAAGCAACGGGGACCCGUUCAGAGCACAAAUGGGCCAUUUAGACGAGAGCAGCGUUUCACAACCUCAGCAGUGUCAGGAUUGGUGGGCUUAGAUGUCCUGCAUAUCAGCUGGGGAAGCCUGGGUGUUGAAGACUUAAAUUCCCUGAGAAACGCAGGCUUAGAUCAUGGGUAGAAACUGACCAUCUUCCCUGCUAAAAAGAACCCCAACCUUCCGUGUGAAUGGGCUCUCUUGAAGCAGCAGGCCUGGACAGGGUGGCUAGGCCGUUUGCAUCUGCACGCAGAUUUGGUUCAUCCUGAACCUGUUUUCAAGUGGCUGUUUCGGGAUCUCACGAGCCGUCAGUUUCUCCCAGAGGCAACUCCUGCCUCCCCAAGACUUCUGGGUCUCCAAGAACCCCCCCCCCCCCACCCUCAUGCUGACUCUCAGGAAGCUCCGCCAAACUCAGAAAACUCCUGGAGUCACUAUAUUGUGUCGUGUUUGUCCCAAAGUCUCCAGAGCCCUCCCAAAAAUCACAGGGGAGGAAAGAAUGAAAUCAAAAUCAGAAGGGUCCCCAUCAGUGUUAGCUUCCCUUUCACUUCAGUAAAAUGGCUUCUUAGGCCUCAAGUCCAUUUCGGAAGGGAAAGCCUUCCAAAGGCCUGGUAACCUCCAUGGCCACUCCAAGGUCUGGUAAAGUAAACCCCAAAGUGAUUGUGGGGAGCCCCAACUUUUAGCUGUAAAGCGGAUAACCAUUGCUUGCCAUUUGACGCAAGAUAAGCCAGCACAAAAGGGGCUUUUUUUUUUUGCUUGGGUGGGUUUCCCCCCCCCCCCCAGUGGCCUUCUUGAACAAUCAUCAUAAUCAGUCCUUAAAGCCACCAGUCUUAGGAGUAAUUCUCU